CCAAAUUUCCAUAAUCUUCGUUCGGUUCCUUCCUUUCACCAUUUCAAUCUUUCCAUCUUCUCAAAUUAACCAAAUAAUCUGUACUGUACAUACGCAUAUACUUACAAUUAUACGCCUCUUUUAGCGUAUGGAUUUGAUGGAGGAGGAUGCGGCGGCGGCGACGACGACAACGAACAGUCCCGAUGACGAGACGGAAUUCCACGACGCGGCCGAUGAAUUCCCGUUCGACGAUUGCUGCGACGUGUUUUCGGAUGCGGAACCGGAACCGACGGAAACGUAUCCUAUCGGGUCGGUAACCUACCCGGAGCCGGAAGUGAUGAUCGAAAAUCAAUAUUCUCAUCCGCCGGCGACGAAUCUCCGGCGUCGACGAACGGUUUCCAGCUAUACAUCCAGCUUAGACGCUCCGGAUCCUAGUUCAUCGGUGAGUUUAGAAAACGGUUCGAAUUUGAGCCAAACGAGCAUGGUAGUUUCCAAGGAAAACGAGAGCCUGGAGAAUUUGGAAUCCAAUGAAAUGAACGAAAAUGAGAUGCCGGGAAAUUUGGAUCCUGUUGAGCUCAGUGUGAGCUCAGGGAGUGUAGAAAGUAGCUUGAGCGAAGAAAGGAAACCGAGUUCCGUCAUUCCGGAUAGACAAAAUGAUGGACUAAAUAACUUUCAGCGAGUUGAUUUACAUACAAGAGAAACUGAUGAUUCGAAUAUUCUGGUAAUUUUAGCUGACUUAGUGAUAAAGGCUAUAGCAUUCCAAUUUAAUUUGCUUAUAAGCUUUAUAAGUUUGACCAUGAAGUUCUUUUUAUUCCCAAUACGAACAGUGUACUCCACCUAUACGCUUCUGAUGGAUCCAUUUCGUGUUGUGAGGUGUGGGAAACGGUAUUUACUUCAAAAGAGUGUUAGACUUUUCAGUUAUGUAUUUGGAAAUGUUUUGUCUUUUGUUUCUGAAUGGUUUAAAGAACAUAAAUAUGUGUGGAGAUUUGGGCUGAAAUGUGGGUGGGGAUUCUUGUGGUCUGUAUAUGUUGCAGUUGUUUUGGUAGGAUUGCUGGUGUUGGCCUUUAUUACAGGUGGUGUCUUGUUAAGUUAUUUGGUGGAAGAACCAAUAAAGAUGCUGGAGAAUUUAAAUUUUGAUUAUACAGAGAAAAGCCCUCUGGCAUUUGUGCCAAUUAUGGGAUGCCAGGGGGUGAAUGGGCUAAUUGAUUUUAGGGGUCAGGUGGAUGUUGGCAAUGUUGAUGGGGUGCAUGUUAUCCCUCCUAAGCAUAAGUUGCAGGCCACUGUAAAAUUGAUACUUCCCGAGUCAGAUUACAACAGAAAUCUUGGAGUUUUUCAGGUUAGGAUUGAUCUCCUCGCAUCCAAUGGUCUGGUACUUGCAAGCUCGAGGCGUCCAUGCAUGCUGUACUUCAAAAGCUUGCCUAUACGCCUUUUGUCAACAUUCCUCAAGGCUGUUCCUCUAAUUACAGGCUACUCAUCAGAAUCCCAAGAUUUGGACAUAGAGUUUAAAGGCUUCACCGAAGGUGAUAUGCCCAUCUCCUGCAUCCGGGUAAUCAUAGAGCAACGAGCUGAAUUUCAUCCAGGAGGUGGAAUUCCUCAACUAUAUUCCGCCUCUCUAAUUCUCGAGUCUGAACUCCCUCUACACAAAAGGAUUAUAUGGUAUUGGAAGACGACUCUGUUCGUAUGGAUUAGUAUGACAUUGUUUACGGUAGAGUUGUUGUUUGCUCUACUCUGCUGCAAACCACUCAUCAUCCCAAGAAUACGAUUGGUGCAAUCUCCUCCUACUAAUCACGCUUCAAGGAACAAUCCUUCAACCCAAGGUUAGCAGAUCACACCCUUUCUACCUGAUUAAGCGUUCUCGCAUGGUUAGAUCUCUUGUCGAUGCACUUUCCGUUUUCUCCUACCCUUGUAAAGAAUAGCCAUGUUAACAAGAAUUACAAUCCCCUUUAUUCUUUCUUCAAACCCAGAAAGCAUCAUCUUUAUCACACCAUAGAUGAAUAGAUACCUCUCUUAGUUUCUGAUGUUCAAAACAGUCUGUAACUCUGUAUAUUGUAAUUUUCCUCAAAAGAUAAUAUACAACUCUCUCUUAGGCUCUUGUACUUUAGCCUUCUCA